UAGCGCGGCCGAUGUUUCGCGCUGCAUUGCUCCAUUCGGAAAUGGCCGCGAGUUGACUCUUCACCUUUUCGCAAUGAUGAUGCGGAUGUUAGGCUCAUGUUAAGGUUCUCUUUUGCUUUUUACCCCCUUUGGUUAGAUACAGUUUGACAUUUACGACCCACAGUAUGGAUCGGUUCCUCUUGGAGAGCAAGCGUAACUUGGAAAAGCUCGACACUUUCACUAAAGUGCAUGUCGUCCUCGGAAACGAAGCCUGCGAUUUGGAUUCCGCCGUGUCUGCUAUCGUCACUGCGUACCUGCUACAUGAACUUCAGCCGGUGGCGACGUUACUCGUCGUGCCCGUACUUAACAUUGCGAGGAAGGACGUCACGCUACGGACGGAGAUCACGUAUUUCUUCGAACAAGUGGACAUUUCUCUCGACACCCUGGUCUGCCGGGACGAAAUCGACUUGAAGAAACUUCACUCUCAGUCAAAGUUGUCACUGACACUAGUGGAUCACAAUCUUUUGCCCAAAGAAGAUGCUGACUUGCAGGCAGCAGUCCAGGAGAUCAUUGACCACCACAGAUUGGAAACAUCUCACAGGUGCGACAAGACUGUUGAAAUGGUUGGAUCAUGCUGCACUCUGGUAGCUGAGAAAGUUUUGCACUCUAAGCCAGAGCUCCUCAGCCCUCAAGUUGCUCUCUUGCUUUAUGGCACAAUCCUUCUGGACACGGUGUGCCUCUCAGAGUCUGCACGGAAAACAACAGCCAAGGACUUGGAAAUGGUGUCCAAAUUGCAGGCGUUGCUUCCUGAGCUGAGCAAAGAGGAAGUCUUCAAGCCGCUUUGCAGGGCAAAGUCCAAUGUUGACGGCUUGUGUUUGGAUGAGCUCCUUCGCAAGGACCUCAAGGCUGUCUGCUCAUCGGCAAAACGCAUAGCGAUAUCGUCGGUACCUGGAGAAUUAAAGAGCAUCUGUCAGGAGAACACAAUGGAGGCUGAGCUGGGCAAGUUCUGCAAGACGCACGGCUACAGUGCCCUCAUCAUCCUCACCGUAGCUGUAGAAGAGAAAAGCAAUUCGGUUCAGAGGCAGCUGGCAGUCUUCUCUUCAGACAUUAUGCUCAAGCAGCAGCUGACGUCAACACUUUUGGCAGUGGGAGACCCUUCACUGGAUCUCCAGGUUUCACACAUGUCUACAGACCACCUCAUCACAUUUGUCCAAGGCAACACUCAAGCCUCAAGAAAAGUCAUCGUUCCAGUUGUCAGAAAGUUCCUAAGCACUCUCGAUGAUAACAUCAUGCCCAAGAUGAAUGAGCAUUGCCCCCAGACAAAUGGAUCUCUCAGCGUAAACAAUCAACCUUGUGCACCAACAACUGCAAGCAGUCCUGAGGACACGGCCUUGCGGGACCCCCCUUUCUCACCUUCGGAUUCUUCAAAUAGCAUGUCUGAAACUGCAAAAGAUGGGGUUUCUUGCAGAGGCACAGAAAAGGUGAAUGACGAAAGCUUCGAUGCAGCAGUCGAUGCUGAUGCACCGAGUCAAGCUGCCUUCCUCUACCGAGCCCAGACGGUGGACUUUCCUGACAGCCCACACCUGAGGUCUGCACAGAGGAAAACUGGUUCAACCUGCGGUGAAGAUGAAACAGAUGAUGAAGUUUUGUCUCGGGGAGACCACAUGUCAGUUUCUGAAACUCGAAGAGCUUCGUCUUCCCCAUUACUGGCUCAAGUCAGCAACCUUCAGUUGAGCCAGCCUUUGAGCCUGGCUUCGGAGCUGGAAGAAUACUACGAGGACAGUCUCCUAAGCGGCAGACUGGCUGUUCCCAAUUUGGAAAAAUCAUCUUUGUCAGUGCCCCUCACAAUUUCAUCCUCCAGCCCUGAGUUUGAGUCUGAGAAUGAAGAGGCUGAACCGACAUCACUGCCCAGCUUUGGUUUUUCCUCACAGAAUGAUGACUCCUAUGCCCAAGUCAAACACUCGACACCCAAUGCGAGCAAGACUUCGUUAGACCCUGCAAUCGAACUGUAUUCUGAUGACGUGGCUCGCAUUAAUCUGCACAACUUGCCUCCUACCUUGGACAACGGCAACUCUUUUCUUUUUGAAGAGAAGGCCUCUGGAGAACUACCAGACGAAGAACUCGUUGUGAAGAUUAGAAGGUGCUUUGACGAGACGAAAAUUAAGGAUGGCUACGUUCUGACUGGGCGGCUUCAGGACCUGUUGACCCCGAAGGAAGUGGAUGAAAUUGUCAACAACUAUGUCUCGUACGCCAGCUUUAUUGACGACAACAUCCUAGAGGCUGUCGUAGAAUUGGCAGGAGGGAGCCAGAGCCUGAAGAAUGGCAACAGUCAUCAAAGUCGGGAGAAGAAAGUGAUUGUACCUAACUUAGAGCCAUUCACAGAUGACUCAAGUGACAUCGUAGUGGUUGCUUAUGAGGAGGACGACAUUAGCUCUAGCCUUUGCAGCAAUGGGAACAAGACGGCAAGCCUUGAAAAGAAGGGUACAGCUCACUGCGGCGAUGGUGAUGGCCAUGGCGUUCUGGAGACUGAGACCUUUCACUCUUUGAAAAGAAUAGAUGUCGAGGAGUCAGUCCUAAAGAAACUGCAUAUGCUUCCUGGUACUGGAAUUGCAAGCAGAUUUAUGGCUGACUCAUCUCGUAGUUUGUCAUCGCUGCCAGCCGACCUCUCCCAGCAGGAGCAAGAGGUUAAGAUGAACACUGCCCGUUCAGAUCCAGAACUGCCUGUAAUGGCCCAUGCAGAACGACCCUUGAACAGCAGUGUUUCCACUGCUACUGCUGCUGAUGCUCCACCCGAGCUUGUUUCAGAAGAAAGGCUACAGGAAAAUGACUCCAGUACCCCUGCAGAGAGACCCUCAAGCCUGAGUGGUGCUAACAGGAGCAGGCGCAAGAUUAAAGUGAACCCAGACAUUCUUCGUGCCCAGAUUGGUCUUGACGAUGACCAGAAAAGCCUCUCAUCAAUGAGCAACAAGAGCGAUGGAGAUGUCUUCUCACCUGCGGACGACCUGGCAACGCCAGAUAUCGAGACUCCUGAUGAACUGGGUGACUCUGUACUUGGAAGAGAUGACUCAACCCUGAGUGACUCAAUUCCUGAGAUGUCUGCUCGAGAAGAGUACGCAGAAGAGAGAAGCUGGAAGACUUGCAACGUGGGGGGUGUUGAGCGCAAGAUUGACAUGAGGGUGAUCGAGCCCUACAAGAAGGUGCUGUCGCAUGGAGGCUACUUUGCAGAGGAUCGUCAAGCCAUCAUUGUGUUCAGCGCAUGCCACCUGCCUGAUCGGUGCCGAAGAGACUAUGACUAUGUCAUGGAUAAUCUGUUUUUAUAUGUUUUGUCAACGUUAGACCAACUGGUGGUUGAGAGCUACGUCUUGAUUUACCUUCAUGGGGCCACUGAGCGCAGCAAGAUGCCCAGCUUUGGGUGGCUUAAGCGCUGCUACCAGAUGAUUGACAGAAGGUUGCGGAAAAAUCUGAAAGGGCUUUAUCUAGUGCACCCCACGUUCUGGCUCAAGACUAUUGUCAUUAUGACCAGGCCUUUCAUCAGCUCAAAGUUUAGCAGGAAGCUACGUUUUGUAUAUAGCCUCGAAGAGUUGUCUUGGGUGGUGCCACUUGACCACGUGUGCAUACCAGACAAAGUGAAGCAGUUGGAGUUUGAGAACAUGAUCAAGGAGAAGAAAAAAAGACUAGGAAGCAGAAAGGUUCUUCCAGGACCAAGGCAGGUCACGGAUGAUGCUUCCUAGCGGCUCUGUUACUCGCAGCACCUGGACUGAUGAUGCAGGUGCUUCAUCAAAACUGUUGUCGUUUAUGAGUGUUGUUGCGACUUUUAGCAUCUCAGCAGUGUACAGAGAGUAGAGACCCUUGGCAUUCGCAUUCAGUUGACAUAUUUGUACAGCUAAUGUGUUUAUUGGCUCAUAUAUAUAGUUCAAGAAAGAGCCAAGAAUGGUAUCUUAGGUGAAGAGAGAGUAGGUUGUGAGCAGGCGAUGUCAAGACCUGGGAAUGCUUGUAUUUAUAUUCUGUGUGUGGAAAGAAGUGUCUUUCUUGGAUGUUGUUUUACGUGCCUUUCUUUCGUAACUUCCGCAGAAAGCUGCACCUUCAAAUAUGUGCCGGCUUGCAAGAAUGCUUCAUUGACAUCGGAUCUUAUCUUAUCUUUAUUUUAAGUGCACGAAAUUGUGCAGUUACUAACUUUUGUGAGAGAAGGUCACAUGCGCAAUUUUGUGAUGAAUGGGGUGUCAAAAAAUGAUGGGGUAUACAAGGGGUGCAGACAGAUUUUGAGCAGUGCUGCUCUGCAACGCUUCCUAAACAUAUCAUGGUUUCCUGUACAUCCAUUUUGUAGAAGUGUAGCACCAAAUACAUUCGUCAUUCAGAGAGCACCUUAUGAGAUUUCGACAAUUUGUUGUGGCUUUUGUAGCUAGCCAACUAAGCUUCUGAUCAGCCAGAGUGGCGUAGACGGUAGGAGCGAGCAUUAGUGAUGUCAGUCGACUUGCAUAGUAGCUAUAUUUCUACUGUAUGAGCGGUGGCUGUUGUACAUCAUAACUGAAAGGUCUUGGCGUUGGUGUUGUAUUUGGAAAAUCAAUGUUGCUGUUACAAGAGCUUGUUUCUAGUUGCAGAGUCUAUAGAGUAGUUGACUGUUACACCUACAGCCGUUUGCACCCAGUAUUUCAAAGCACCGACUUGCCAACAUGCCUCCAUGUGCAUGUUUGUUUGCUCUUAACCAUUGUAGCCAUGCCAGCGCAAUGUGUUGUCAAUGUCCCUGGCUUCAUUGUGCUGCAAUGUAAUAAGCAUUGAAGCCCAUUGCGCUGGGUACGGCGGUGAACAUAGGCCCUCAAGUAUUGUGCACAUAUAUAGCCUGUUUCAAUCUUCAUAGCCCACUACACUCUGUUGUGUUUGCUGUAGUUAUGAUAAUAGUCAAGACAGACAUAUAUUUUGUAUGUGCACUUACAUGUUGGAACAGCACCCAUUAGGGCAUGUACUAUCAUUGACCAGAAUCCAAGAGUAUUGGUGUUUAUGUGAUGAUCAAUGUGUUCAGAAUACCUUUAGGCAGCACUGUGCGAUAAUGUUGGAAACUUGUGGCCAGGCAUCCAGGAAGAAUGUUUGUUCAAUUAAGCGAAUGGAAUUGCUCAUUGAGCUAGACUCAAAAUUCUGCUGCUAGUAGGUUUCCCCACAUGACUGGGAAGCCAUGAGUACUUUGCCGCAGCUUGUGCCAGUCGAGGCUUGCUACUAGCUUGCUACGAGUAGCAUGUAUGCAAACCCUCUUGUAACUGCUUUGAGCAUGCAUGACAGCACAAUACUGGCCACGUUUCAACUAUGUGCAGAAGCCUGUCUGUGAAAUUUAGUGUGCUGUGUGUCAAUAACUGCAGCCCGCAUAGUUACCAGUUUGUAACUGCCUGAAAUUGGCUUGAAACGAGAAGCUGUUGUGUGAUAAUCUUCGUGGCUCUUGUAUGCUAAACCGCUUGCACAUUGGUUGCCCAUACUGCGGGUUAACAAGUCAAAGGAGCCAACGCAUUCCUCUUUGCGAAAUGCCCGAGUGUUGGGGCUUCCACAUGCCCCAUUUGAGCUCGGCGGCAUGAACAGCGAGAGCUCUGCUUACAGUACAAUAAUGCACUGUUGAUUGCUGCGUUUCAGUUAUUUUUAAAGUGUUGUUAGCUCAGUACUUAAAAAGCCAGUGAGGGCCUGAUCAAACUAUAGGCGAGUUGUUGACCAUUUCCUGUACUCAGAAAACUGUAACCUAUAGACAGCCCAAUAAAGAAAAGAUGGAGUGCA